CAUUUCAUACCUGAUUUCACCCAUUCUAAAACAUAGUCGUGUGAAACAUCGGAUGUAAACUUGUCUUUGCGUGCGAGUUUAAUUACCGUUCUUAUCUCUUUGCACAUGAAGAUAUGACUAAAAAGUGUCGGUUUUGUAUGACGGAUUACGUAAGCCAACCAAAUAAUGCGGAUUAUUCAGAUGUAAUUGGUAAAAGGAUUUAAAACAAAAAGACAUGGUGCAAGAUGGAGUUUCAAGAAUUAAAUGUGUCAAAUUUAGAUGGAACAUUUUCGAAAGGACAAUCGACUUGCGAGAAUUCUCUUACUACUAUUGGACAUGAGAAACAACAACAUGACUCUCAUUAUAUAGACAUUGAAGUAACAAGUGACAAUAGUCGUAAUCAAGCGUCAACCCAUCUUGAUGUUAACACCGAAAGUGUCGUCUACCACGAGAACAGCCGCAAUACUGACAAAAACGGCACGGCGGUUGUUGAUGUUAAAUGCAGAAACGUGAUUUUAGAGCGAUUUGGACAUUUUAAAAGACUUUUUGUGGAAAACAAACCACACGUCUUUUUAGCGCUGAAAAUAUGCGUGUUGAUAGCAUAUUUUGUUUAUUUCGGAUUUGCUUUGGCACACCAUGAAGGUGAUGAAGGUUCGUGGAGACUUAUUGCAUGCACCGUGUUUGGGGUGCUUUUAUUUGCCUGGAGAAAGUUCAAGAAAACGAAAAAUUAUAAAAAAGUGAAGAGCUUGAUGCGGGCUUUACUUUCACGGGUACACAAAUCUAGAAAAGUGAUCAGAUGGGUGCUUUACGUUGCGAUGACGGUUUUCAUGACUGUAUACGUCAUCGUUAUGGUGGCCAUUCGGACCCCUGAAAACUUGAGAUCCCUGUUUGGGCUGGCGGCCUUCCCUUUCCUUCUCUUCGUUACCUCAAACAACAGGCGAAAGGUUAACUGGCACGCGGUAUAUUGGGGAAUGUCCCUACAGUUCAUCAUGGCGCUCAUCAUCUUAAAGACCCCUUGGGGGGCCUCAAUCAUAGAGUGGUUUGGUACCCGACUUACAAAUCUAAUACACAACGCAGAAGCGGGAAGUAUCUUCAUGUUUGGCGAGAAAUAUAAGGACCAUAAUUUUGUGUUUGGGGCUCUGGUUCAAGGGGUUGUGUUGAUCAUCACAAUGUCAGUUCUUAACUACCUCGGUGUCAUAAAAUUCGUCGUGGAGUCGGCCGGUCGGGUUCUGGCCUUUGGCCUCGGUAUCAGCCCAGCCGAGGGCAUAAACGCUAUGGGGAAUAUAUUUUUGCAUGUGCCCGAGUCCGCCAUGUUGAUUCAAGAGUAUAUAGCGGAAAUGACGCCAUCGCAGCUUUUCAUGACGUAUGCUAGCGGUAUGGCAACCGUGGGUGGAACGUCACUGGUGAUAUUUAUGGCAUCAGGGGUGCCGGCUGGUCCUCUCAUCGCUGCGUCUGCCAUGUCAGCGCCUGCCGCCAUUUCCGCUUGCAAGUUAUCAUUCCCGUCACAUGAAAAGGAAGAAAUGUCGUCAAAUGAUGACAUCAUCAACUCUCGCCUUCGAGAUACGACAGGAUUUCUCGAAAAGCCCAAAUCACUGAUGCACAGCAUUAUCAUUGGCAUAAACCAAAGCGUUGUUCUUACAUGUCAAGCGGUUUUCUACAUUAUGACCUUCAUCAUCAUCCUCGAGUGGGUCAACAACACGCUAAUCUGGUUCGGGGACAGGAUUGGAGUUGAGAACAUGACCGCUGAGUUCCUUCUGUCCUAUAUUUUCUACCCGUUUGCCUUCAUGAUGGGCGCUCGCCCUGAAGAUUGCCUGUUCAUCGGUCAACUCCUGGGCAUACGGACUUUCAGCCUAGCGGUGGUCGCCUACCCGAAACUCGGGCCUAUUAUCGUGAACGGUCGGGAAUAUCGGAGUUACAUUGCUGCUGGUGAAAACAACACGUGGACUCAAGUGGGCAACGACAUUUAUCUAGAUAACCUCAACAAAACCCUUAUUGGCGGAGUAAUUGAUCCUCGUUCUGAGAUCAUCGCCACGUACGCGCUGUGCGGGUCCGCCUCUUUUGCAGUCAUGGGUCUUAUCAUCGGCUCGUUCGAAGCCAUCGUGCCCAGCCGUAUAGGGGAGAUCACUCACAAUAUACUGAGGGCUAUGAUUGUGGGAACUGUCGCGAGUUAUCUGACCGCUUGCUUCGCAGGCCUGCUGUUUGAGGAAGAAAUCAGCGUUUAAUCGAUUGAGAGGUUUGCUUAUGGCAGAAGACAUAAACGUUUAAUCGUCUGCUGAAAAGUCAGAAAAUACAAUGUACAUGAUCGCCUGAGUAAAAGAUAACACUGUGUCUUCAUUACAAAUAAUCUCGACACCGGACUAAUUGUGGCUGAUGUACAGAGACUAGAGUUCACUAUUCCAGAUAUGUAUAGAUUAGAAAAAAAUAAGUGUUAAGGGGAUAAUAUGGUAUUACAUUUAACAUUACAGAUUUUGCAUAUUGUGGUUAAACGAGUGUGUUCAGUUUCACAAAGCCUCAAGCCAUAAUUCAUCAAGCUACUGGCGUAAUUAUUAAACGUAUUACUUAUUACUGAAAAUUAGUCGUUUCUUGUUAUAAAUUUAAUGCAUGUGUAGACACUUUGACUUACUUAAAACGGAUUUUCCUUACUAUGUAAUCGAUUUUUCUGUAACAAAUACCUACAUAAAAGGUUCUAUAUUACAACUUAUACACUAUUAUGCACUGAUGUAUUCCUUGUUUCUGUGAGUAAAAAUAUGUUUUACCUAUUUACUUUAGAAUCGAGGAUCACCUCCCCCCACCCUUGACAAAAUACUAGUAUUUGUACAGCUACACGUUUUUGAAAAUCAUAUGUUGUAACAACAAAUUACUCUUACAAACAUGCAAAGAAGAGAAAAUCAUGUGUAACACUUGAAUAUCCCUGAUAUACAGACUGUGUAUUUCAUAUAAAGUAUUAAAGACUUUUAAAUGAUAUUCCAAUAUGCAUACAUAAUGUAUUUAAGUUGAUUACAUUUAUCAAUAAUGAUCAUGUUCAACAUGUACAGCAUCGACAUAACAUAAAGUAGACAUUUAACGAAAAGAACACAAUUUGUUCCUUAACUUAUAUAUCUGUUCAUCUAGAACAUGAAACGACUUUGUAAAAAUCAUUCAGUAAAAUUCGAGGCGUUUGUCAUUUCUUUGUCGGAUUAAUACUUCGCCUUACCGAUUUUAAAUUUUAAUAUACUAUAUAUGUACAAGUGAUUGUUAUACACUAUAUGUGAAAAA